CAGUCCGGUAUUGAUUUCUCCCACAGCUACGAGUGAACCAAGAAAUGAUGGAAGACGAGCUCGCUCUCUGGCUGGCAGCCGAGGACGGAGAGGAUGAGAUGGUCAUGUCUCAGAACGGAGGUCUGGGUUCGACUCCCACAGCCUUCAUGGGCAAGCAUCAGGCUCGGGCCAACGUGGUGAAUGAGAUCAUCGGUGCCGAGCGGGAAUACGUGAAGCACCUCUGUGACGUGGUCGAAGGCUACGUGAAGCAGGCGAAGAAGCGGCCGGAGAUGUUCCCCAUGGAGAAAGUGACCGUCAUCUUCAGCAACAUCGAGGAGAUCUACGAGUUUGCGCGGGAGCUCCUGUUCCAGCUGGAACUGUGUGUCAACAAAGAGCAGCCUCACCUCAGCGAGCUAGGAGACUGCUUUCUCACACACGCCCGGGGCUUUGAGAUGUACUCGGACUACUGCAACAACCACCCGGCCGCCUGUGAGGAGCUGAGGGAGCUGUACCGCAUCAAGAAGUACAAGCACUUCUUUGAGGGCUCUGACAUCUUGGAGGAAAGCUCCGAGCUGAUCUACUCGGGGGAGUUGCACAAGAUCAACCAUGCAGGCUGGUCACAGGAGCGCUACUUCUUCCUGUUCGACCACCAGCUCAUCUACUGUAAGAAGGAUCUGCUCAAAAAGUCGACCUUCGGCUACAAAGGUCGCAUCGGCAUGGACUCUUGCCAGGUGGUCAACAUUCCUGAUGGCAGAGAUUCCCAGUACAACGUGUCUGUGCGGAAUGCCUGGAAGCUUCACGACUCUCACAAGGACAAGUGGUACCUUCUGGUGGCCAAGACGGCUGUUGCUAAGCAACGAUGGCUCAAAGCCUUCGAGGAGGAGCGCAACCGCGUGAAAGACGACACGGAAAAUAAUUUCAACAUUCCCGCCCACGUAAAACAGGCAGUGAUCACCAACCUUAAGCAGAAGACCAAUCUGAACAAACCAAAAGGUAAAACCCGAUUUUCCCGCACCAACAGCAGCUCAACGCUGAGCUCCAAGAACCAAGUGGCGGCCUUCGCGACCUUGCCACGUAAGAGUCGACACAAGGUCAAGUCGGACAGCACCAUUAGCCAAAAGAUCAACUGGUUCUUUCUAGGAAAAGGGAAGUUGUAGCAGUCCUCAAGACAAACCUGGACGUUCCAACGACCUUGAGCUCUUUCCCCAAGAGGAAGCUGUCUUUUGAGAGACCUUGACCUUGCAGCCUCGGAGAUGAAGGAAUCACAAAGGCAGCUAAACAAUGUCACAGCACACGUGUGUGGGUGUUGGUGUGUUGUGGCAUGACGUACCAGCUGGCAUGACAUGACGCAAAGAGUUGUGACAGAAGCAUGUCUGUUACUUCCCUCUCCUGCCACCUGUCGGCUUGACCGGAGCUGUCAAUACAGAAUGUGACAUCUCACAGACUGAAGCAGCUGGCUGAUCUAUCAGUGUGCAAACAGACAUCGUCGACCUGUGCAUACUUGCAUCAUCGCUUCCCCAGAUGACCUCAAGCACAGAACCUGCCCUCAGCUGAGACUGCUUUUAACCCACUGACCGGCAUUCGACCCACUGACCAUCCCACGUCUAGACCGGCCCACAUCUAGACCGGCCCACAUCUAGACCAUCCCACUUCCAUCUCGACCAGGCCACUUCCAGAUCAGCCCACCCAACGGGAACUAUCUCUGUGGUUACCGAAUCCUUCAGAUUGUGACUGCCAGCGAUCUGUGGAAGCUUUUUCCAUGUCUCUGUCCAAGGUGGCACCCUACGGGACAUAACGUAACAAGUCCAGCUUUUUGGACACUUGGAUCUGUCAUCUUGUUUUGGAAAGAAUCUGGUGCUCUCCACCCAAGACAUAUAUAUAUAUAUAUAUAUAUAUAUGAUGAAUUCUGACGAUUUUGGUCAAGUUGAAAAGAAGACAGAAUUCCCUUGUAUUUGAUAUUUAUUUCAAAUGAGUCCAAUUAUGUUUAUUAAAUAAACAGCAUUUCAAUAUUGGAAUGCUCCACUGCAAUCAAAUAUUUGACUAAUAUCUUUAUAUCAACAGACACAUGUUCUAAAGUUGCUAAAAACACAUUUAAAAGCAUGCUUCAUUCAAGACUUUAAAAUCAGUUUUCGAACAUUAUAUGUCAUUAAAGAGUAAAAAAGCCAAAAAGAAAAAAAGAAGAAAAAGAAAAUGAUAAACUUUAGACACAAAUGUCCUUGUUUCACUUACCCUCAACAUACCUUCUCAGACAAGCCCUCUCCAACUUUCUCUUGGAAGGAAAAGCAGAACGAAUACUCUGUGCUCUUGGCCUUUUGCCCUGUCAGGGGAAGUAAUGAAAGGUUUCCCUCUCUAUUACGCUAACAUGUGCUGUGGAGUUGCUUCCCUUGUUCAGUGAACUGGCAGUUUGGGACCACUAUCUAUCCUCAAGAUCAAGGACAUUCUUUUCGACAGUCUGAGUGGGACGUCCAAAUCACAAAUCACAGAGGCAAAGACUAGCAUACCUCUGUCAUAUAACCAAAUGUUUUUACGUCAACGUACAGUGCAGAUGUAGAGAUUUACAUCUGUCAUGCUAACGAUUGUGACGUAACCUCCCCUCACAUCAUCAAUCCUGUCAUCUAUCCUGAAAGACCAACCAACACACAACUGUCACAAUCCGGGAACCAACCCAAAGAUUUGAUUUUUUCACCAAUCUGUACUCUCCCGAUAUAGACUCAAAGAUCAUGCUGUAAAAUUUCUGCUGCUUAUCAAACCUCCACCAUGUCUGUGUGUGUGCUUGGGUGAAUGACUUCAACAUAUUAUGGUGCACGUCCCACUCUGACAGUGUAUCCACCAAAUUGGGUCUCACAAUUCUUUUGCUGUCUGUAAUAAGUUAAGUUAUUCACUUACAAGUUACAAUUUAUGGUACCGUAAUAAGUUAAAAAGAACAUUCUACACACAAUUUUGAGCAAUUCU